CCUCUCGUUGAAGCACGUCUCGAAAAGAGGGACACUGGAGCAAGUCCACAACAAGACGCGGACGACAAUCUUCUCAGAAAACCUUUUGCAAUCCGAUCGUUCUCAUCCCUAAUCCAUUACGAUGACGAGAGUUCCUCAGUGGUUCUAUUUCCUCCAUAAUGAUCCUCGGUGUCGAUUCCCUGGAGGGUGGUGCGAAUACGAUAUGAAUAUGAAUCAAGCCACCGAGCAGCUCUACCAACAAAAUCUCACUCCAAACUUGUCGUCCAACCCAGGACGCCAUUUGGUUCCCUUGCUUGCGACGAAUGGCUGCCGAUAUGAAUUGGAUUUCCAGCGGAUGACACAGCGCAACAACCGGAGCGGGAAGGAACGUCCCAUUGAACGAACCACCAAUGGUUUGAUGCCAACGACGGUACCGCCGCGUGUCACACCGGACGCCCAUGCCACAACCACUACCUUUCGCCAUAACAUUGGUGACGCCAGUACGUCAAACCUACAAAAAGUGUUGUUACCGGCUAGUCAAGAACAAGCACACGAAGAGCUCCAGCUAAUCUUAUCUUCCAAGGCGUGGCGGUAUCAAAAUGAAUUCAGCAGUGCGAGUGGCAUCUUAUACCGAUUUUUGGGUAUCCUGGAAGCUUACCCUGAACUUGCCAAGGCCCGAUACAACUCGGGCCACAUCACUCGAGCUACCCCCCUCCUCUGCUUGUGCUGUGUGAGAGCGUGCACCACGAUAGUACCGAUGAAAGUCAUUCAAACCGUGUACGACUUGUACCCGUCUGCCGCCAAAGAAUUGCACGGAGGGCGCCAGUACACACCGUUGGCAUUGGCAUGCCUGCUGCGAGCGCCAGGACAAGUCAUCAAGUUCCUCCUCGACAAGAAUCCCCAGGCCAAGUUUGUGAAGAACUUCGAUGGGUUCUACCCAGUGGAGGCUGUUGUGAGAGCUCCCAAUUGGUGGGUCCACCAGUUCGGGAUGCCAUUGACGUUAGAGCUGUGCCCUGGAGAGCACACCAGGGACUUGCGUUUUGGACCAUGCAAGCAGCCCCUCUUGGAGGAAGCUCUUGUUUGUGGGUUUUCCGCCGCAGAUCUCCUUCUCCUUGCCGAGAAGUUCCCGCCGGAAAGUUUUACAGUGCCUGCCUCCGCUUCUCUGGGUGAGGAACAGUGCCAGCUGCUACGGUUUCUACUUCCAAGGCUCAAAUCUCUUGCCGUGCACACACAACUCUGUUCCCAUGAGGCCAUUGACGAGGUCGUCACCAGUCUCGCUGGCAACCAGUCCGUUACGCAACUUGGGAAAUUGGUGUUGAAUCGGAGGAUGCUUCCGGUUUGGAAUCGCCAUUUGGAGCGCAUUCUCAAGACCAAUACAGCCAUUGAGAUUCUACAGCUGGAAGUACCGGGCACAGUCCGAGCACCCACAGAUAUCCAUCUCGACGGUGCCAUUGUGGAUGGCUUGUGCCACGACCAAACCCUCCGAGAGCUGGAAUUGGACGGCUUUGACGAUGUGCGUCGUCGUGGCACGAACGGGGUGUGGACCGCGUCAAGCCACAGCGUUGUCCGCAAGUUGGUUUUGAAGAAGUGCCGCUUUUCCAUCGAUAUCUUGAAGCCACUGCUAGAGAUCUUCCCGCAACUGGAAGAGCUAGAGCUGGAAAGCGUCAGAAUUGGCGGCGGCGACGACGCCGAAGCUACAAGGUUUAUCGUGAUGGCGUUAGAGCAUCCGACUCUCACCAGUCUGUUCGUCAAGUGUUGUCCCUGGUGCUCGUACGAUGUUUCGCAAAUCUGUCAAGCUCUCAAACAAAACACAUCUCUCCUUCACUAUUCCGUCGAGUCUAGCUUCGAUACAGUGGCGAAGAACAAGAUAUUGAUGGAUGCCUUGGAAGUGAAUACCACUUUGGAACGAAUCGAUCCGUGUUGUUUCAAGGUUGGUGUGAUGAAAAGCAUUCGACCUCGCAGAACCGCACAUCUUUUGCGGCUCAACGGGUGCGGCCGAGGUGAGAUCCGAAGGCACGACACUGGCUUGGCCCGUUUCGUGGAGUUGCUUGCCGCUUUGAAGAUGGAACAAAAGGACGAUAAUGACGACGAUGACGACGACGACAAGCAACACCUAGCGUUUCAGCUUUUGAACGGUCUGCUGCAGGAGGGUAUCCAUCAUUGGGCGGUCUCCAUGUAGUAGCCUUUCAUUUAAUUUUAAAAAAAAGUUUAGACAGACACAAGACAAUCCUAC